CCAAUUAGGAAGGGAAAACCCUAGGUUUCCCUGCUUCAUUCAGCCGCAUAUCCUCCUGUCUUUCUCAAUCUCGCAAAAAACUCACUUUCCUUCAAGAGAACGGACGGCGCCGGCCAUUUUCCGGCGAAGCGGCGACGACGACGUUGACGGGUCUUGCACUCCUACCUGGAAUUUUAGGCAUGUUCAGAACAAUAUGGAGCUCAAAGAAGAGACAUGUUAAUGCGGGCUUCUUGUUGUUGGCAAGAAGAUCUGUCUCGGUUUCAAGGAUAGCUGCAAUAGAUAUGGCUGCUAAAGAUGCACAACUCAGGGUUUUUAUAGUUGCAGGAGAGGUUUCUGGGGACAUCAUUGCUUCUCGUCUCAUGGCUUCAUUGAGAAAGCUCUCUCCUUUGGCUGUUCAUUUUGCAGGUGUUGGCGGGUCCAUGAUGUCGAAGCAAGGUUUGAAAUCUCUGUUCCCUAUUGAAGAUAUUGCGGUAAUGGGGACUUGGGAGUUGUUGCCACAUCUGAAUAAGUUCAGAGUUAGGUUGAAGGAAACAACUGAGGCUGCACUUUUAUUCCGGCCUCAUGUUGUAGUAACUGUGGACUCAAAGGGUUUCUCAUUUCGUCUUCUAAAGCAGCUACGCGCUAAAUAUGGUCAGCUAGGAUUGGUUAGCCCUGCACACUUCCAUUAUGUAGCACCAUCUUUUUGGGCAUGGAAAGGGGGUGAAGCAAGGCUUAGAGGGCUGUCUGAGUUUGUGGACCAUGUGUUAUGCAUACUUCCAUUUGAGCCAGAAGUUUGCAGAUUGAAUGGACUGGUUGCAACAUUUGUGGGCCACCCCAUUCUUGAAGAUGUACUGGAGUUGAAUUUGGGCAAGGAUCACAUAGAAAAUGGAUGGAAGUUGCCAGGGCAUUCUGAAGAAUUUCAAAGUCAACAUGGAAUACCUUCAGGAGCUACAGUCAUUAGCUUGCUUCCUGGAAGCAGAUUACAAGAGGUAACCCGCAUGCUUCCAAUCUUCUUGAACACCAUGAAGCAAUUACAGGACAACUUCUCAGAGUUGAUUACAGUGUUGCAUGUGGCCCCUAAUAACCAUGUUGAAGACUACAUCAGCAGAGUUGUUGAUGAGUGGGCUGUACCAAUUAUAAAGGUUCCUGGAGGAUCACAACACAUGAAAUAUGAUGCAUUGAGUGCAAGCAGGGUUGCUUUAUGUACUUCGGGGACAGCGGCUGUGGAGAUGCAACUUGCACGGUUGCCAUGUGUUGUAGCGUAUCGAGCCCAUUUUCUAACUGAAUGGUUGAUACGCUACAAGGCAAAAGUACCUUACAUUUCCCUUCCAAAUAUUCUAUUGAAUUCAUCUAUAAUUCCAGAAGCUCUAUUUCAGGCAUGCAGGCCUCCAGAACUGGCAGCAUUGCUCAUGGAAUUAAUAAGGAAUGAAGGUCUUCAAGAAGAACAGAUUAUUGGGGCUGACAAGGUUGUCAAAUUACUGCAUCCAUCAGAGGAAAGAACCAUUAGCUGUCCAACACUGCAAGAAUUUGGAUCUCAAUUGCCUGAUUACACCCCUAGCAUGAUUGCAGCUUUUAUUGUACUCUACUCUGCAUUGAAACGGUGAUGGAGUUAGUUUGCAUCUGCCCUGUUUUAUCAAUACCAUGUUCCUGUUGUUGCUUGCAACAGUCGUUACUAAUUACUACUACUACCACCACUACCCACUACUACUGUGUUUUAUAGAUGGAUAGAUAGAUAGUAGGUAGAUAAUCUUGUUUGUAACAGCAACUGAAAUGAUUACUUGAAGCUCAAGAAUCCUCAAGUGAAGGAGUAGCCUUAGUAGGCAUAGCAGCAGUACGAAAAAGUAUGAUUCGGAUGAUCUGAGGAAGGCCCUAACCCAUUUUAUGUUGAAAUCAGAGGAAGAACCCCACUCCUCCACACCCCCCCCCCC